UGCCCCCUCCCCAGCCCGCUGGAGCGCCUGGCGCUGCCGCACAUUUUGGGAUUCCUGCUCAAUGUCCCCUCGCGGGUGACAUUGGGGACGCUGGCGCUGCCYGUGUCCCGCCCGCACUGGGUCGGCGUUCGCCGCCUCGGCCGCACUUUUUACAACCUGGACUCCAAAUUGGCCGCCCCCGCCGCCAUCGGMGCCGAGCCGCAGCUCAGGGAGUUCCUGCGGGAGGCGCUGUCGCGGGGCCCCUCGGAGCUGUUCCUGGUGGUGCCCCGGGACGUGGAGGAGGCGGGGACGUGGCUGAGCCCCGAGUGACACCCGAGGUGACACCCAGAGUGACACCCGACACCCCUGGGUGGCACCCGAGGGUGGCACCGCCGAGUUUUGAUGGAAAACGAUGGAAUUUCGGGGUUUUUUCCGAUGGAAUUUUUGGGUUUUCCCACCGGAAUUUGG